CGAAAGAGCUAGUGAACAGAAGAAAGGAAUUUGCAGUUUUAGAAAGAAAGUAAAAAUCACAUCUGCAAGCCAUUGGUUAAGAGUGAAAGGCCCAUAUUAAUGGGUAUUCACCUGGUUUAAGCCCAAAUAAUACAAACAAAUGAAAGCCGCUCUCUCUCUGAUUCUCCUUGCAUAGUACUCCUUCAGCAACUCCAAAAGCAAAACCCGACACCUCAAAAUCUCCGAACUCCUCAAAUUUCCCACCUUUUCAUCUGUUCUUCUGCGAAAUUCUCAUUUGGGUAUUUAUAAAUUCUUUUCAAUUCAAAUGGGUUUGCUUUAAAAUCAGUCAAUAUGCACUGGCUAAGUCUGAAGUAGACUCUGCUGUUAAAGUUAAUACCUUUGGUUAGAAAUAUAGAGAACCAGCUAGACAGGUGAAUUUAUAUGGCUACUAAACUCAGUCUCUCUUCAGUUUCGUGUGUGGCCACAUCACUUUCUUCACCUCGUAAGCCAAAAAGAAGCUCCCAGCUGAGCUUGUCCGAAAGACCGUAUGUCGAACUGCAUUAUGAUGCUCAGAAGCUUAGAAAUGCUAAAGUCAACUCGUGCUACUUCAUAGGCGGCCUGCUAAAACUGAACAGAAACCCCACAAGACAAUAUGUUUCCCAUGCGGCAUCUCAAGAUCAGGCACAGGAUAGUGAGCUUCAAUCAGAUGAAUUGGAACCAGAAGAUCAUAAUUCUACUGCUGAAAAUCUGGCUCCUACAAGCAGUUUCUUUAAUCAUUUACAGGGAACUGAUGGAAAACCAGGUUUAGUUUCAUUUUAUAAUCGCCCUUAUAAAAUGGAGGAUGAUGUCAGCAAAACUAAUGUGCAAAAGAACCAGAGCAGCCUAUUAUGGUUUGCAGGUCCUUCUGUCCUUGUAGCCUCAUUCAUUUUCCCCUCACUUUAUCUUCGGAGAAUACUCUCCACAGUUUUUGAGGACUCUUUGCUGACAGAUUUCCUCAUUUUGUUCUUUACGGAAGCUCUUUUCUACAGCGGUGUUGCGGUGUUUCUGUUGCUAAUAGACCAAUUAAGGAGGCCCAUGGAAGCAGAGUCUGCUGCAAAUGGUGGCACAAACCUGGCUCCCCAGUUGGGACAGCGAAUUUCUUCUGUUGCUGCCCUUGUACUAAGUCUUAUAAUUCCAUUGGUGACAAUGGGCUUCGUAUGGCCUUGGACUGGCCCUGCAGCUUCUGCUACCCUUGCUCCAUACCUUGUGGGUAUUGUUGUACAAUUUGCAUUUGAGCAGUAUGCAAAAUAUCGAAAAUCACCUGCAUGGCCUAUCAUUCCAAUAAUCUUCCAAGUAUAUAGAUUGCACCAACUGAAUAGAGCAGCGCAACUGGUCACAGCCCUGUCAUUCACAGUGAAAGGAGCUGAAAUGACCUCUCACAACUUAGAGAUAAGCAGUUCCCUGGGUACACUUCUGAAUGUCCUCCAAUUCCUUGGUGUAAUCUGCAUUUGGUCACUGUCCAGCUUCCUCAUGAAGUUUUUCCCAUCUGCUGCCAGCACUGCAUAGUAAUGCAUUAUAUUAGUUUAAGUUCGAUAAAGUUCACAUCAAUCGUUGUAGAGUUCGCUCUUGAUUCUGGUAAUAUAAAUGUUAAAGGUCUGAAUCCUAAAAGAUAUGCUUCUGCUUAGUGGGGAAUAUGAAACCAAGCGACAUCAAGAACUUGUACGAGGCAUGUCAAAAGGUUCUGGCUGGAUUAAUGAAGAUGCUAAAUGUAGGAUAACAUUAUUCAGCUAUGCAAUUUAAGCUAUUCUACAUUCAGAAUGCUAGACAGCUUUUAGUUUCUGUCAUCAGCCAUAGUUUACCUGUAUAUUGAUACUUUUUCUUUCAAAGAUAGUUUAUAUUUCUGAAACUUAUUUCAGAAUUCAUCUAGGCUGGUUAAGAUGUAGGUGGAUUACUAAGAUUAAGGAUCUGUGCUCCUCAUAUGUUAACUGAACAAAAUUACUGAAAUUUCUUAACAUAGAAGAUAUUUUUUACCA